GUCCUUGUUUCGUUCCAUUCACAAACACCCCCAAAGUAAAUCACUUUUCUUUCUUUACAAUCUUCAUUUGUUCAGGUUUUUGAAGUUUUCAUACCAUGGGUGACAGUCAGUAUUCAUUUUCUCUCACAACUUUCAGUCCUUCGGGAAAGCUAGUUCAGAUCGAGCAUGCCUUGACGGCGGUCGGUUCGGGUCAAACAUCUCUUGGAAUCAAAGCUGCUAAUGGGGUUGUAAUUGCUACCGAGAAGAAGUUGCCUUCAAUCUUGGUUGAUGAAACUUCUGUUCAGAAAAUACAGUGUCUGACUCCAAAUAUUGGAGUUGUUUACAGUGGCAUGGGUCCUGAUUUUCGAGUUUUGGUUCGGAAAAGUAGGAAGCAAGCAGAACAAUACCAUAGGUUGUAUAAGGAACCAAUUCCGGUAACACAACUUGUAAGGGAAACUGCAGCUGUUAUGCAGGAGUUCACUCAAUCUGGUGGUGUAAGGCCUUUUGGUGUAUCUCUACUAGUUGCUGGAUAUGACGAUAAUGGUCCACAAUUGUAUCAGGUGGAUCCAUCUGGCUCUUAUUUCUCAUGGAAAGCCUCAGCAAUGGGGAAGAAUGUCUCUAAUGCAAAAACAUUUCUUGAAAAGAGAUACACUGAUGAUAUGGAACUUGAUGAUGCUGUCCAUACUGCUAUUUUGACUCUCAAAGAGGGAUUUGAAGGACAAAUCUCAGGGAAAAACAUUGAAAUUGGGAUUAUUGGAACUGACAGAAAAUUCAGGGUGCUUACCCCAGCUGAAAUUGAUGAUUAUUUGGCUGAAGUGGAGUAACUUGUCUUCUUAUUCCAGACUUAUCUACAAGUGUUUAUUUUUAUGUAACAUUUGUUUUGAGACUUUCCAAUUCGGUCAAAUGUUGUUAGUUCAUCACUGGAAUUGAACACAAAACUUCACCAAUGUCUGCAUGAUGCUAGAACUGUAAUCGAAUGAGUUAUAAAAUUUGGGUUUACUUCAAUUGGUCUAUACAA